AGAUGCUUUGAGUUGCAUGCUAAUGUCAACUCGCUCCUUUUCUUUGUAUAUUCUUGUCUUUCUCAUAUUUGCCACAUUUCCAAUCUCACAACUUGUGUAAGACUUCUAUAUAAGGUUAAGAAGUGCUUGGAGUGUGAAUCCGGGGAGUCAAAAGUCGAACUGGUUUAACUGAAUUAAGGAAACAACUCUUAAACAUUAAAAAUGGAGACUGUACUUCAGCAAAAAGUGAUAGAAGUCGCCAAUCAUGUUGAACAGCAAUUGGAUGCAGAGUUGGAGAUGUUAGAUAAUUUAGAUAUCAGUGAUUACGAGAAGAUACGUACACAUCGAUUGAAUGAACUCAAACGGAUGCAAAAACAAAAGCAGGACUGGCUCCUUUUGGGUCAUGGAGAAUAUUCAGAGAUAUAUGAUGAGAAAGAAUUUUUUGCAAUAUCUAAAAAGUCAGAAAAUAUAGUUUGUUUAUUUUAUAAAGAUGAUUCACCACGGUGUAAGAUAGUGGAUCAUCAUUUCAAAAUUCUUGCAAAAAAGCAUAUUGAAGCAAGAUUUUGCAAGUUAAAUGUUGAAAGAUGUCCCUUUUUAACUGCACGGUUACGGAUCAAAAUUAUACCUACAAUCGCGCUAAUUAUAAAUGGCAAAACUAAGGAUUUUAUCGUCGGCUUUACAGAAUUAGGAAAUUGUGACGAUUUUUCUACUGAAAAACUACAGUCGCGUCUUGCACAAUCUGGUGUAAUCAAUUACGAUGAUGAUUUACAAACUUCAGAAACUGCCAAGAAGCCAUUUAUAUUUAAACCUGCAAAACCCAAAACUAUAAAGGGACGUAACUCAGAUGAUUCUGAUGACGAUUGAGAUUGCAUCCAAACGCAAAAAUUUAUACAUAUUUACAUUUUUGUCUCGCAUAUUAUAUUUAUCAUUGUUCUUGUAUUAUUUAAAC